GGGAGCGCAGGGGCGCGGGGUGCGGGUGCGGCGCAGCCGAGGGACAAGCCGGGGCGUGGAGCCCGGGCCGAGUGGCCAAGAGAGCACAGCGCCGCCCGCCAGCCAGGAAGGAGAGGGCAGCAGCGGGCUGCCGCUCGUGGGAUUUCCCGGCGCGCGCGUGUGGGUGUGAGCCCCGCCGGCCCGGCGCAGGAGGCCGCCACCGGGCGCAGCGGGCAGCCGGCGGGCAGGCAUGCCGCCGCUCCUGGCGCCCCUGCUCUGCCUGGCGCUGCUGCCCGCGCUCGGCGCACGAGGCCUGCGGUGUUCCCAGCCCAGCGAGACCUGCUUGAAUGGCGGGAAGUGUGAAGUGUUCCCCAACGGCACCGAGGCCUGUGUCUGCAGCGGGGCCUUCGUGGGCCAGCGAUGCCAGGCGCACGAUCCCUGCCUCAGCACCCCCUGCAAGAAUGCCGGGACGUGCCUCGUGGUGGACCGUGGUGGUGUGGUGGACUACACCUGCAGCUGCCGCCUGGGUUUCUCCGGGCCUCUCUGCCUGACACCCCAAGACAACGCCUGUCUCGCCAACCCCUGCCGCAACGGUGGUACCUGCGACCUGCUGACGCUCACGGAGUACAAGUGCCGCUGUCCCCCGGGCUGGUCAGGGAAGACGUGCCAGCAGGCUGACCCGUGUGCCUCCAACCCCUGUGCCAACGGCGGCCAGUGCCUGCCUUUCGAGGCCUCAUACAUCUGCGGCUGCCCGUCCGGUUUCCACGGCUCCACCUGCAGGCAGGACGUGAACGAAUGCAACCAGAACUCCGGGCCCUGCCACAAUGGGGGCACCUGCCUCAACGAGAUCGGUUCCUUCCGCUGCCUGUGCCGGGCCACCCACACCGGCCCCCACUGCGAGCUGCCCUACGUGCCCUGCAGCCCCUCUCCCUGCCAGAACGGGGGCACCUGCCGCCCCACGGGGGACACCACCCACGAGUGCGCCUGCCUGCCAGGGUUUACUGGUCAGAACUGUGAAGAAAAUAUUGACGACUGUCCAGGAAACAGGUGCCAGAAUGGGGGCACCUGUGUGGAUGGGGUGAACACCUACAACUGCCGCUGCCCGCCAGAGUGGACAGGCCAGUACUGCACCAAGGACAUGGACGAGUGCCAGCUUAUGCCCAACGCCUGCCAGAACGGUGGGACGUGCCACAACUCCCACGGUGGCUACAACUGCGUGUGCGUCAACGGCUGGACCGGCGAGGACUGCAGCGAGAACAUCGACGACUGUGCCAGUGCCGCCUGCUUCCAUGGUGCCACCUGCCAUGACCGUGUGGCCUCCUUCUACUGCGAGUGUCCCCACGGCCGCACAGGUCUGCUGUGCCACCUCAAUGACGCUUGCAUCAGCAACCCCUGCAAUGAGGGCUCCAACUGUGACACCAACCCCGUCAACGGCAAGGCCAUUUGUACCUGUCCCUCGGGGUACACAGGACCAGCUUGCAGCCAGGACGUGGACGAGUGCUCACUGGGUGCCAACCCCUGUGAGCACAAGGGCAAGUGUAUCAACACGCUGGGCUCCUUCGAGUGCCAGUGUCUGCAGGGCUACAGCGGUCCUCGCUGUGAGAUUGACGUCAACGAGUGCGUCUCAAACCCAUGUCAGAACGACGCCACCUGCCUGGACCAGAUCGGGGAGUUCCAGUGUAUCUGCAUGCCUGGCUAUGAGGGCGUGCACUGUGAGGUGAACAAGGACGAAUGUGCCAGCAGCCCCUGCCUCCAGAACGGACGCUGCCUGGACAAGAUCAAUGAGUUCCUGUGCGAGUGUCCCACAGGCUUCACCGGGAACCUGUGCCAAUACGACGUGGACGAGUGUGCAAGCACUCCCUGCAAGAAUGGCGCCAAGUGCCUGGACGGGCCCAACACCUACAGCUGCAUGUGCACAGAAGGCUACACAGGGCCCCACUGCGAGGUGGACAUCGACGAGUGUGACCCUGACCCCUGCCACUACGGGUCCUGCAAGGACGGCAUCGCCACCUUCACCUGCCUGUGCCAGCCGGGCUACACAGGCCACCAUUGCGAGACCAACAUCAACGAGUGCCACAGUCAGCCCUGCCGCCACGGGGGCACCUGCCAGGACCGUGACAACGCCUACCUCUGUCUCUGCCUCAAGGGGACCACAGGACCCAACUGUGAAAUCAACCUGGACGACUGUGCCAGCAACCCCUGCGACUCGGGCACCUGUCUGGACAAGAUUGACGGCUACGAGUGUGCAUGUGAGCCGGGCUACACAGGAAGCAUGUGCAAUAUCAACAUUGAUGAGUGUGCCGGCAACCCCUGCCACAAUGGGGGCACCUGCCAGGAUGGCAUCAACAGCUUCGCCUGCCGCUGCCCUGAGGGCUACCAUGGCCCCACGUGCCUGUCUGAGGUCAACGAGUGCGACAGCAACCCCUGCAUCCACGGGGCCUGCCGGGACAGCCUCAAUGGGUAUAAGUGUGACUGUGACCCUGGGUGGAGUGGGGCCAACUGUGACGUGAACAACAAUGAGUGUGAGUCGAACCCCUGCAUCAAUGGCGGUGCCUGCAAGGACAUGACCAGUGGCUAUGUGUGUACCUGCCGGGAAGGCUUCAGUGGCCCCAACUGCCAGACCAACAUUAACGAGUGCGCGUCCAACCCGUGUCUGAACCAGGGCACGUGUAUCGAUGACGUGGCGGGUUACAAAUGCAACUGCCUGCUGCCCUACACGGGAGCCACAUGUGAGGUGGUGCUGGCCCCGUGUGCCCCCGGCCCCUGCAGAAAUGGCGGCGAAUGCAAGGCGUCUGAGGACUACGAGAGCUUUUCCUGCGUCUGCCCCACCGGCUGGCAGGGGCAGACCUGUGAGAUCGACAUCAACGAGUGUGUGAAGAGCCCGUGCCGCAACGGUGCCUCCUGCCAGAACACCAACGGCAGUUACCGCUGCCACUGCCAAGCAGGUUACACGGGGCGCAACUGCGAGACGGACAUCGACGACUGCCGGCCGAACCCAUGUCACAAUGGUGGCUCCUGCACAGACGGCAUCAACAUGGCCUACUGCGACUGCCUAGCUGGCUUCCAGGGCGCCUUCUGCGAGGAGGACAUCAACGAAUGUGCCAGCAGCCCCUGUCGCAAUGGCGCCAACUGCACCGACUGUGUGGCCAGCUAUACGUGCACCUGCCCCACAGGCUUUAGCGGGAUCCACUGUGAGAACAACACACCUGACUGCACGGAGAGCUCCUGCUUCAAUGGUGGCACCUGCGUGGAUGGCAUCAACUCCUUCACUUGCCUGUGCCCGCCUGGCUUCACGGGCAGCUACUGCCAGCACGACGUCAAUGAGUGUGACUCGCGUCCCUGCCUGCACGGUGGCACCUGUCAAGAUAGCUAUGGCACCUACAAGUGCACCUGCCCACAGGGCUAUACCGGCCUCAACUGCCAGAACCUUGUACGCUGGUGCGACUCCUCACCCUGCAAGAACGGCGGCAAGUGCUGGCAGACCAACGCCCUGUAUCGCUGUGAGUGCCACAGCGGCUGGACUGGCCUCUACUGUGACGUGCCCAGCGUUUCCUGUGAAGUGGCCGCAUGGCGGCAAGGCAUCGAAGUGACCAACCUAUGCCGGAACGGAGGGCUCUGCAUGGAUGCAGGCAACACGCACCACUGCCGCUGCCAGGCGGGCUACACGGGCAGCUACUGUGAGGACCAGGUGGACGAGUGCUCACCUAGCCCCUGCCAGAACGGGGCCACCUGCACCGACUACCCUGGCGGCUACUCCUGUGAGUGUGUGGCCGGCUACCAUGGGGUGAAUUGCUCUGAGGAGAUCAAUGAGUGCCUGUCCCACCCGUGCCAGAACGGGGGUACCUGCAUCGACCUCACCAACACAUACAAGUGUUCCUGUCCCCGGGGCACACAGGGUGUGCACUGUGAGGUCAAUGUGGAUGACUGCAGCCCCCCCAUCGACCCCGUCUCCCGGGGCCCCAAGUGCUUCAACAAUGGCACAUGCGUGGACCAGGUGGGCGGCUACAGCUGCACCUGCCUGCCCGGCUUUGUGGGCGAGCGCUGCGAGGGCGACGUCAACGAGUGCCUGUCCAACCCCUGCGAUGCCCGCGGCACCCAGAACUGCGUGCAGCGUGUCAACGACUUCCACUGCGAGUGUCGGGCCGGCCACACCGGGCGCCGCUGUGAGUCUGUCAUCAACGGCUGCAAAGGAAAGCCAUGCAAGAACGGGGGCACGUGUGCAGUGGCCUCCAACACCGCCCGCGGGUUCAUCUGCAAAUGCCCAGCGGGCUUCGAGGGCGCCACGUGUGAGAACGACGCGCGCACCUGCGGCAGCCUGCGGUGCCUCAACGGCGGCACCUGCAUCUCGGGCCCGCGCAGCCCCACCUGCCUGUGCCUGGGCCCCUUCACCGGCCCCGAGUGCCAGUUCCCGGCCAGCAGCCCCUGCGUGGGCGGCAACCCCUGCUACAACCAGGGCACGUGCGAGCCCACUUCCGAGAGCCCUUUUUACCGCUGUCUAUGUCCUGCCAAGUUCAACGGGCUCCUGUGCCACAUCCUGGACUAUAGCUUCAGGGGCGGCGUGGGCCUGGACAUCACCCCACCGCAGAUCGAGGAGGCCUGCGAGCUCCCCGAGUGCCGUGAGGAGGCCGGAAACAAGGUCUGCAGCCUGCAGUGUAACAACCACGCGUGUGGCUGGGACGGCGGCGACUGCUCCCUCAACUUCAACGACCCUUGGCAGAACUGCACACAGUCGCUGGAGUGCUGGAAGUAUUUCAGCAACGACCACUGCGACAGCCAGUGCAACUCGGCCGGCUGCCUCUUUGACGGCUUCGACUGCCAGCGCGCCGACGGCCAGUGCAACCCCCUGUAUGACCAGUACUGCAAGGACCACUUCAGCGACGGGCACUGCGACCAGGGCUGCAACAGCGCAGAGUGUGAGUGGGACGGGUUAGACUGUGCAGAUCACGUGCCCGAGCGGCUGGCCACUGGCACGCUGGUGGUGGUGGUGCUGAUGCCACCGGACCAGCUGCGCAACGGCUCCCUGCAUUUCCUGCGGGAGCUCAGCCGCCUGCUGCACACCAACGUGGUCUUCAAGCGUGACGCGAACGGCCGGCAGAUGAUUUUCCCCUACUACGGCCAUGAGGAGGAGCUGCACAAGCACCCCAUCAAACGCUCUGUGGAAGGCUGGGCUGCGCCCAGCGCCCUGCUCGGCCAGGUGAAGGCUGCAUUACUCCCAGAUGGCAGCAGUGGGCGCUGGCGCAGGGAGCUGGACCCAAUGGAGAUCCGCGGGUCCAUUGUCUAUCUGGAGAUUGACAACCGGCAGUGCGUCCAGUCGUCCUCCCAGUGCUUCCAGAGUGCCACGGACGUGGCUGCGUUCCUGGGGGCGCUCGCCUUGCGGGGCAACCUGAACAUCCCCUACAAGAUCGAGGCUGUGCAGAGUGAGACGGUGGAGCCGCCACCGCCCCCGCCGCUGCACUUCAUGUACGUGGCCGUGGUCGCCUUCGUCCUUCUCGUCUUCGUGGGCUGCGGGGUGCUGCUGUCUCGAAAGCGUCGGCGGCAGCAUGGCCAGCUCUGGUUCCCUGAGGGCUUCAAGGUGUCGGAGGCCAGCAAGAAGAAGCGGCGGGAGCCCCUCGGAGAGGACUCCGUGGGCCUCAAGCCCCUGAAGAAUGCCUCAGACGGUGCCCUCAUGGAUGACAACCAGAACGAGUGGGGUGACGAGGACCUAGAGAGCAAGAAGUUCCGGUUUGAGGAGCCAGUGGUUCUCCCCGACCUGGAUGCCCAGACAGACCACCGGCAGUGGACCCAGCAGCACUUGGAUGCUGCCGACCUGCGCGUGUCCGCCAUGGCCCCCACACCGCCCCAGGGUGAGGCUGACGCCGACUGCAUGGACGUCAACGUCCGCGGGCCGGAUGGCUUCACGCCCCUCAUGAUCGCCUCCUGCAGUGGAGGGGGCCUGGAGACGGGCAACAGCGAUGAGGAGGAGGACGCGCCUGCCGUCAUCUCAGACUUCAUCUACCAGGGUGCCAGUCUGCACAACCAGACGGACCGCACGGGUGAGACCGCCCUGCACCUGGCUGCCCGCUACUCACGCUCUGACGCGGCCAAGCGCCUGUUGGAGGCCAGCGCCGACGCCAACAUCCAGGACAACAUGGGACGCACGCCGCUACACGCGGCCGUGUCUGCCGACGCACAGGGUGUUUUCCAGAUCCUGAUCCGGAACCGAGCCACAGACCUGGACGCCCGCAUGCACGAUGGCACGACGCCCCUGAUCUUGGCCGCCCGCCUGGCCGUGGAGGGCAUGCUGGAAGACCUCAUCAACUCGCACGCCGACGUCAAUGCCGUGGACGACUUGGGCAAGUCCGCCCUGCACUGGGCUGCCGCCGUGAAUAACGUGGAGGCCGCCGUCGUGCUCCUGAAGAACGGUGCCAACAAGGACAUGCAGAACAACAAGGAGGAGACGCCUCUGUUCCUGGCCGCCCGGGAGGGCAGCUACGAGACCGCCAAGGUGCUGCUGGACCACCUGGCCAACCGGGACAUCACCGACCACAUGGAUCGCCUGCCCCGCGACAUCGCGCAGGAGCGAAUGCACCACGACAUCGUGCGGCUGCUGGACGAGUACAGCCUGGUGCACAGCCCCGCACUGCACGGCGCCAACCUGGGUGGCGCGCCUACCCUGUCACCCCCACUCUGCUCGCCCAACGGCUACCUGGGCAACCUCAAGCCCACCGUGCAGGGCAAGAAGGCCCGCAAGCCCAGCACCAAGGGCCUGGCCGGGGGCGGCAAGGAGACCAGGGACCUGAAAGCACGGAGGAAGAAGUCCCAGGAUGGCAAGGGCUGCCUACUAGACAGCGCGAGCGUGCUGUCUCCUGUGGACUCCCUUGAGUCGCCCCACGGCUACCUGUCGGACGUGGCCUCGCCACCCCUCCUGCCCUCCCCCUUCCAGCAGUCUCCAUCUAUGCCCCUCAACCACCUGCCUGGCAUGCCCGACACCCACCUGGGCAUCAGCCACCUGAGUGUGGCGGCCAAGCCCGAGAUGGCAGCGCUGGGCGGGGGUGGCCGGCUGGCCUUCGAGGCAGGGCCGCCACGCCUCUCCCACCUGCCUGUGGCCUCCAGCACCAGCACUGUCCUGGGUACCGGCGGUGGCAGCGGGGCCGUAAAUUUCACCGUGGGUGGGACCACGGGCUUGAACGGCCAGUGCGAGUGGUUGUCGCGGCUGCAGAACGGCCUGGUGCCAAACCAGUACAACCCGCUGCGAGGGAGCGUGGCCCCAGGCACACUGAGCACACAGGCCCCGGCCCUCCAGCACGGCAUGAUGGGCCCGCUGCACGGCGGCCUCUCUGCCAGCGCCCUGUCCCACAUGCUGAGCUACCAGGCCCUGCCCAACACACGGCUGGCCACCCAGCCUCACCUGGUGCAGACCCAGGUGCAGCAGCAGCCGCCAAGCAUCCCGCCACACCUCAGCGUGAGCUCGGCCGCCAACGGCCACAUGGGCCGGAGCUUCCUGGGCGGGGAGCCAAGCCAGGCAGACGUGCAGUCGCUGGGCCCCAGCGGCCUGGCCGUGCACACCAUCCUGCCGCAGGACAGCCAGGUCCUGCCCACCUCACUGCCAUCUUCUCUGGUCCCACCCAUGACCACUGCCCAGUUCCUGACGCCGCCCUCGCAGCACAGCUAUUCCUCUUCGCCUGUGGACAACACCCCCAGCCACCAGCUGCAGGUGCCCGAGCACCCCUUUCUCACCCCGUCCCCGGAGUCGCCUGACCAGUGGUCCAGCUCGUCCCCACAUUCCAACAUCUCCGAUUGGUCCGAGGGCAUCUCCAGCCCGCCCACCAGCAUGCAGUCGCAGAUCCCCCACAUUCCGGAGGCGUUCAAGUAAACAGCUGCCCGCGCAGCAGCUUCCUUUCCCAGGCUCUGCUGGGGCGCUGGCCCGUGUGCCCCACGGAUGCCGGGCCCACCAAAGGAGCUUUUUUUUUUAAAGACAUGUUUUUAUACAAAAUAAGGACCUGGAUUCAAAAAAAAUUUUUUUUUAGUAUUUAUUUAUGUACUUUUAUUUUACAUGGAAACACUGCCUUUUUAUUUAUAUGUACUGUUUUCUAUGGCACCAGCUAAAGACUUAUCUUCCAGGAAAAUAAACUAGUUCUGUCAUAAUUUUCCUACUUAGGGUCAAGAUUGUUACGUAUCUGGAAAAAAUAUAAACAAAGAUUCAUGAUUUAUAAAUGCCAUUUAUUUAUUGAUUUCUUUUUUUUUCAAAAUCCAAAAAGAACUGAUGUCGGAGAAGGGAGGUUUGAGCCAGCACCAUCCCAAAACCUCCUGGGUGCCUCGGGCAGCGCAAACCUCCACGCCCCCUCCCAGCAUCUAGAGAUGCAGCGGCCGAACCUUCACAUCUUCGGGACAUGGGUGGAUUUGCAUCUAACAACGAACGUAAAAUGUAAAAUGACGUGGUUUAUGCGUUUGGGUGCUUGUUGGUGAUUUUUUGGAAAGCGUGCUUUCAGCAGUGUAUUCUUGGUGUCCUGAGAGUACAUUCGUGGUACCAAUCAUGAAUCUUUGUUUCAGGUUCAGUGUUACGUAGUUGUUCAUUGGUCUUGCCAAGUCUUGUUCCUUUUGAAAGCUCUUCUGCCCCCGGUCCUUCUUGAUGUUUAAGCAAGGAGCCAGGUGUGGCUGUGUGGUACCCACCUUGGCCCCACGUGGAGGAACCCUACCCUUUUGUGGGGAAAGACUGCCUGGGCUACCCCGCCUGAGGCGCAGCACCUUCCAAGCUCACGGAAGGUGGACUGGCGCCAUCGGGGCCUGGGCUCAGCUCAUGGGCCCCAACUGCGGAUAGGCCCCGUUUUUAUAGAAGAGACUUGCCAGAGCAAUAACCUACACUGAAGUUUUGGAAAAACGUGGCUGUAUCUGGCCUUGGUGUGCGGAGGCCGCUCUUCCGGGAGCCUGGUGGAGCUCAGCGGGGCGCAGCUGAGGCGGUGGGCUGGGGGCGACGGGAGCCUGCUCGAGGGACACCCCUCCUGGUUUAGGGGGGCCAAGCUCGGAGGUGGAGCAGAUUCUUGCAAUAUCAAGUAUAAGCCUGUGGCAAAAUAAAUGUCUGUAAAUACGUUUUUAAAGGUGGAUUUUGUUUAAAAAAUCUGAAUGAACAAGUCUGUCAGGGGUCAUGCUGAUGAGGGGUGUCAGAACGGGGCUCCGCUCACAGCCCAGGCCUUGCAACCUGCUGCUGCCGACACCAACACCGUAGCUCCUAGGAGCGGACCCAGGGAGGCCGCCUGCACGCUCGGGCAGGUGUCCACCUCCCGGGGCGGCUUCUCUGGCCUCGCUGGGGUCAAUAUUGUGCUGUCCCUCAUGGGUAUGACCAGACACAUCCUAAGAUGUUGAUUCUUACUGUGUUUUAUAAAAUAGAGUGUAGUUUACAGGGAAAGGAACAUUUUUUUUAAAGUUAACUACAUAUAAAACUGUAGAUGAUAAAAAUGAUGUAUUUUUUUUUCAUCUUUUUUUGUUAACUGAUUUGCAAUAAAAAUGAUGCUGAUGGC